UUAUCCACCAGUCAUCCCUCGUUUGCGUUGUGCCUUGGUGGUGGUGGUGGGAGGGAGUUGUUGUGUCCUUUUGUUUCUUUUUUUUUCGUUGUUGUUUGAAAACCGAAAGAAAGUGUAGCCGUGUACUAGCUCAAUCAACAGCAACAACCAUCAACACCCUGCCAAAGCUCCUCUACCUCCGCCAGAACGUACUACGUUGGCUUAAAGUGAGGCACUGUUAGAGUGCGUGCGUGUGUGUGUGUGAGCCGGUGUAAUUUUUGUGAUCUGACGGUGAUCCUAACAAAGAACAAAUCAAAUUGUCUAUGCGAGAGGGAUACUUCCGUUUCCGCGCGAACGAGCUACCUAGUAGUGAUAAUCGUUGCUAGUAGUAGUCAUACCAUCCUUCUGCUUACGGCUUACGGCGUUUGCUACCAAAAGGCCCUCUGGUUUCGGCACUGGAUAUGCUUUGAUGGGUAGUAGUUGGAACCGGAAGUGAGCCGUGCGAUCUAAUGGUGCUAGCCUGUGACUAGCGGCGUGCAUCCUAAGCUCUUAUCUGUUUCCUUGAGGGUGGGGUUUCCACAGUGUAUCUCUACCUCGACGGCACGAUAAAAAGCGAUCGCGGUCGCAGCCCGCAGUGUUCGAUGAUGUAAGAGAAUCCAACGCAGGCGGCGAGACCAUUCUCAACAGUAGCCCGUGUGUCAGGUCAGGUCGCGAACGCAAACGGCACACGUACACCGGGGGUGGGGCCCUUGGCAUACAAGGGAUGUGAGAAAUCAAAGUCGCGCCCGGUGCCCGAUCUGCGAGCUCUCUCUCGCGCCGUUUUGACACCUCUCCUCCUCCGUCCGGGUUUGCCCAUUUCUGCUACUGCCACCCGCUCGCAUAAUACACAACACAACACAACAGUGCAACAAGCAAAAAAGGGUCGUUUGGCAAACCCGGCAAAAGAUGACUGCCACCGGUGGCGAGGAGGAGCCGGAGGACGCCGGCACUCAACCGAGGCAGUCGUGCUGCUGCUGCAGCUGGUUGCUCUGUCGUUGCGCCAAGGGUAACCGGGUGUCGCAGGAUGGCGACACCAUGACGGUGCCGGUCGGUGGGUACAGCGAGACGACGACGAAAAACGCGAACCGGGUUAAAUCCACCCGUUACUCGCUGCUAACCUUUCUACCGCUGAACCUAAUCGAACAGUUUCUCCGACCGGCGAACGCAUACUUCCUGACGAUGUCGCUGAUAUCGCUCGUGAUCGACAGUCCGGUGUCGCCCCUUACCUCCCUCAUGCCGCUGGCAUUCGUCGUCGUGCUGACCGCGGCCAAGCAAGGGUAUGAGGACAUUCUGCGCUCGCUCACCGAUCGCGUUGUCAAUCGUUCGCCGGUGGCGGUGGUACGCGAAGGGCAAAGGCUUGAGAUAGAGUCCCAGCACAUCCGGCUUGGUGACAUCGUCGAGCUGGCGCGCGAUUGCGAUAUUCCGUGCGAUUUGGCACUGCUAAGAAGCUCGGACCCGAGUGGACGGUGCUACGUCACCACCGCCAAUCUGGACGGCGAGACGAACCUGAAGACGAUGUGCGUACCGCGCGGGCUACCGAAGCUGCCGGUCGAGCAGCUGCACGGGCUCGGUACGAUCGAGUACGAGCCGCCCAACACGAACCUGUACAGCUUCAAUGGGCGUAUCGAUCUGGCUGGGGGUGAGCAUGCGGCGACCGGUAGCAUUAGCAGCGGCAGUGGUGGUGCUGGUGCUGGUGCCUGCGUACCGCUCAGCGCCGAGAACGUCCUGUUGCGCGGUUCCCGCAUCAAAAACACGGAAUGGGCGAUCGGGUGCGCCAUCUACAUCGGUCCGCACACCAAGCUCGCGCUGAACAGCAAGACGCGCAAGCGGAAGAUCAGCUCGAGCGAGCGCUACAUCAACCGGUACCUGGUGUUCUAUCUGAUACUGCUGCUGGCCAUGGUGCUGGUUAGCUUCUUCCUGAAGCGGUACAACGACCGCUACCGGCAGGAGCACAACGUGUACCUUGGCGAGAUCGUAAGCAACUACCAGGUGGCCCAGUUCCUGCAGGACCUGUUCGCGUACCUCGUGCUGUACAACUACCUGAUACCGAUCUCGCUGUACGUGACGAUCGAGAUGGCCAAGUUUCUCGGCGGUUUCUUCAUGGAGUGGGACCGCCAGAUGUACGAUCCGGACACCGAUCAGCCCUUCCUCGUCAACACGUCCGACAUUAACGAGGAGCUUGGUCAGGUGUCGAUUCUUUUCUCGGACAAAACCGGCACACUGACGAAGAACGAGAUGGUGUUCCAGCAGUGCUCGAUCAAUGGGCGGCGCUACAUGCAGGUUGGCCGGGGUUUGCGCGCCUUCGGUCGUCAACACGAGACCCUGAUCAAGCACCUCUCGGCUCAGGUGUAUGCGUUCUUCGAGGCACUAGCUAUCUGCCAUACGGUGCAGGUGGUAGACGCGGCUACGGGCACUCAGGACCCACAGGAACCCGGCGCAGACGGCGAGGAGGAAUCCAUCAUGCGCCAUUUUCGGCUCGCCGCGGACUAUACGGAUGAGGGGACUGCAACGCCGGAGCGCGGAGCGGUCCGGUUGGCGGUGGUACGUGAAUCGCCCAACACCAGCAGCAGUACCGAUGCUAGCCAGGGUUCACCACCGAACCAGCCACCAGUUACCGGUACGCUGCAGGAGCAGCAGCCCAAGUUCGACAUCUCAUCCAGCACCGUCAUUGGGACCAGCUCAUCGUCCGCCAUUGAGCUGAAGCGGGCCUUUUCGGCGAACGACGAGGGAAAAUCGACCCACUCGGCCACCAAAGGGCACCGUCGGACGGUGUCGCACAUACCGACCAGCGUUAAUCGGCCGACCAGCUACCAGAUGGCCGUGACCGGUCCGGGUACGGUGUCCGCCUCGAACUCGCUGCGCCGCCAGCGCAGCAUAAUGUCCCGCAGCUCGGUGCGGGAGUCGUACGCCGCACCGGCGUACAACGAGCGUACGCGCAUCGAGCGACAGGAGUCGACGGCACAGCGCAGCCAGCCGCCUGACUCGUUUGUCUGCAAGUACGACUACCAGGCAUCGAGCCCGGACGAGAAGGCACUGGUGGAAGCGUGUGCCCGCGUCGGACUCAUCUACACCGGUGAUACGGACGAGCGGCUGACCAUCGCGCGUGAUUAUGCGGGCUGCGAGCAAGCGAACCUGAUUUCGCCGGUCGAAUCGAUCGUACAGUUUGAGCGGUUGGCCGUGCUGGAGUUUACCAGCGACCGUAAGCGAAUGAGCGUGAUCGUCGCUGAUCCGAGCGGCCAGAAGUGGCUGUACACCAAGGGUGCGGAGAGCCACGUGUUGCCGCUGUGCGAAUCGGGCCCGCUGAUCGCCACAACGCAGGGCCACGUCGAUGAGUUCGCCAAGUGUGGGCUGCGCACGCUGGCCGUCGCCCGGCGCCAGCUGACCAACGACGAGUACGAGCAGUUUCGCGCCGAGCUGAACGAGGCGAGCAGCUCGCUGGUUGACCGGGGCACCAAGAUCGAGGCGUGCCAGCGCAAGAUCGAAUCUCGCUUGGAGCUGCUGGGCGCAACGGCGGUCGAGGAUGCGCUGCAGGACGACAUCCGCGACACGCUCGAGUCGCUGCGUGACGCCGGCAUCAAGGUGUGGGUGCUGACCGGGGACAAGGUCGAGACGGCGCUCAACAUCGCGCUCAGCUGCGGCCACAUCCCGGAGUCCACCGAACGGUACUUCAUCACCGACUGCAGCACGCAGGGCCAGCUGCUGGAGCACCUGAACACGCUGUCGGUCGAAAUGCUGCGGCUGCCGGAUGAACCGUUCUCGCUGCUCAUCGACGGCACUAGCCUGGCGGUGGCACUCGAAAGCACGGCCGAACGGUUCCGUGACGUGAGCAUGCGGUGCCGGGCGGUGCUCUGCUGCCGGUUGAGCCCGCUGCAAAAGUGCCAGGUGGUGCAGCUGAUCAAGACGGCCAAGGAGCGCCCGAUCACUGCCGCCAUCGGGGACGGUGCGAACGACGUCUCGAUGAUACAGGAGGCGCACGUCGGGCUCGGUAUUGUCGGGCGGGAGGGUCGGCAGGCGGCCGCCUGCGCCGAUUACGCGUUCGCCAAGUUCUGCAUGGUGAAGCGGUUGCUGUUCGUGCACGGCCAUUACAGCAGCGCCCGGCUGACCACGCUGGUGCAGUACUUCUUCUACAAAAACCUCGUCUUCAUGGGCAUCCAGCUGAUGUUUCAGAUACACAGCAUGUUCUCCACCCAGUCCGUCUUCGAUUCGGUCUUCCUUACGCUCUACAAUGUGGUCUACACGGCGGUACCGGUCCUGAUCACAGCGAUCACCGAGCAGCCCUAUCCCGAAGAAACGCUAACACAGCGCCCGGAGCUUUACCAGAAGGUGGCCGGUAACAAGCAGUACGGGUGGCAGCACUUUCUCGCCUGGACGCUACAGGGCAUCUAUCACUUUCUGGUGAUCUUCUACUUUAACUACGCGAUCUGGCAGAUCAACGAGGCGAUCUACGUUAACUGGCCCGGCCUGUCCAGCUUCGCCUGCUUCGGCACCAGCCUGAUGACGCACAUCGUCAUACUGGUCAACCUGAAGCUGCUGUUUGCGACCCACUACAAAACCUAUGCCUUCAUCAGCACCGUCACGCUGUCCAUCUUGGUUUACUUCCUCACCACCUACAUCUACAACCUGCUGCACAUCAGUUACGAUGGGUCGCUGCUGAACGUCUUCAAUUAUCUUCUGUCAUCGCUGACGUUUUGGCUGCUGACGCUGGCCAUACUGCCGGCCGGGCUGCUGCCCGAGCUGAUCCAGCUGGCGCUGGAAGCGAUCGGCAUCAAGUUUGGCAACAUCUUCCCGGGCGCCAAAACCUACCGCAAACGGUUCUUCGUGCGCCGCGACGAGGACGAACAAAUUACGGCGCUAUAAGCCGGCGCUAUACGCGUGUCAAUUACCAGACUCUUUUCUUUUUUUGGUUUUUUUUUGUCACUGUUAAACUAACUUAUUGAACUUAUUAGAACGCGCCCCGAACGCGGCUUGGCGCUUGUGCGAAUGAAUGGAAAUGAAAUUAUUAGCAUUAGUCAGGCCAAGGCCAGAAAGAAGAGGCUGGGGAAGUUGAUACUUAGUACAAAAAACAGGACGCAGCCGUUGUCCGUUUGCUGCCCCCAAGGUACACACUGUGUUUGAACUGACUGAGCGAUGAAUACCAAUUUAUAGUUUUUAGCUAGUAAGGAAGAGCGGAUACUGAUUGCUGACACCGUUUUCGCUUCCGCGAAGUGCAGACAUUACUACUGCUCGAGUAUUAUUGAAUUACCUCGGUAAAACGCAACCGACCGCCAGAAUGGCAAACAAUGACAAUACGGUAUUACAGCCGCGUGCGCUAAUAGCAGACAGGCUGCCUGCCAGGCAGACAGGCAGGAAGAAACUGGCCCGAAGCCAGAAACCCAGAGUUAACACGGAUAUUUUUGUUGAAUUAAUCCUCCGCGGAGUGGAGGCGCGGUUGUGACGACCUGACGAAUAAAUUACCUCUUUGUUCCUUCUUGU